GAAAGUUAGAUUUUUGUCAGUGUAUAAGGUUGAUGAAUGUCAUUUGUUUUUUCCUAAGGCUUAAGGCAAGUUAUUUGAAUGUUUUAUUCAUACACUUUACCAUGGUAUUUUGAAUAGACAAUUGUUUGAUAAAUACAACAAACUAGAUAAACAUUGAAUAUUCAGAUUUAUGUGUACAGGCCUGGCAACUGUUUACAAAGUGACUCCAUCUUCGUUUGGAAAACUGUUGAACUUCAAAAGUACUCUUAAACGUGAUAGGACAUAAACUGUUAAAUUUAAACCGUGAAAUAACGGCAAACUUGCAUACCGGAUACUAAGGAAGUGAUUCUACUUUUCCAUAUCCCACAUAUGGGAAACAGAUAUCAUUGUUAAACUAACUUCAGAUACACAUUUGCACAAAGUUGUGAUGCACUAUAGGGGGAAAGCCAUUAAUGGAAUUAACCCCGUCUUACCAUUUACAGUCUGAUUGUGUGACUACAUUAUAGGUAUUGGUAGUUAUUGGCCAGUUGUGGAUUGUGUAUACAUUCUGUCGCGUGCUUUGUGAAAGAUUUCACAGCUUUCGUCAAACAACUUUCAAUUUAAUUAUCAGGGAAUAUUUUAUGCGGACUUAACACGUGCAUGGUGCUAAUUCCGUCACUGGCCAAUUUACAAAUUUGACAUUCGUGGACUGUGGAAGGUACGACUUCUUGUGUUUACUCUGAGCAUCUGAAGAAUUGAUUAAGUGAUUUGAUCAAUUGACAGUAAUCAAGUAAUUGUAAUUACCAAAGUGUGGCACAGAUUUCUUAACCAGAACUUGUAUUGUUUUCUUUGAUUGUUGCUUGUACAAUGAAAAUAUGCUCUCGUAGUGCUUAGCUGACCCUUGUUACGCUGGAAUGUAUUACAACGGUGAUCUGCAGUCCGAAAUGAAAAUACGAACGGAAACUCCUGGUUCUGGACUUUCUGUAUUAUAUCACCCGUAUCUAAGUUCUACAUACACACCGCGCAAUAUGCCGGCCGCCAGUCCAAACACAUCUCAGUCGAGCGGGGGUAGUCAGUCAGGGGACCAGCUUAGCAAAACCAACCUGUACAUACGCGGACUCAACCCCAACACUACAGAUAAAGACUUGGUCAACUUGUGCAAUCCAUAUGGUAAAAUCAUUUCCACAAAGGCCAUAGUGGAUCAGACCACAAACAAGUGCAAAGGAUAUGGUUUCGUGGACUUUGAGACAAACCAGGCUGCUGAAGUCGCAGUCCAGGCGCUCCAAGCUCAGGGAAUCCAGGCGCAGAUGGCAAAGCAACAAGAGCAGGAUCCGACGAACCUGUACAUCGCGAACCUUCCGCUCUACUUCUCCGAACAGAACCUGGAGAACAUGCUGAAGGAUUAUGGGACGGUUAUCUCGACCAGGAUUUUAAGGAAACCCGAUGGUGUCAGUCGUGGGGUCGGCUUCGCGAGAAUGGAGUCCAAGGAAAAGUGUGAUGCAGUGAUUAACGGCUUUAACGGAAAAAUCCUGCCAGGCUGCACAGAAUCAUUGCUUGCAAAGUUUGCCGAUGGAGGAAACAAGAAAAAGGUGCCGUAUAUUCAACCCACGAAAUUAUGGGCCAACGGAACUGAUGUAACAAUCCCAACACUUGCAUAUGACCAGGCUGCCUUAGCUCAAAAUGGCUUCUACCUGCCUUACAGUAUAGCAGCACCGGGAGCUGCUGCCCUGAUGACCCCUGGGCUCCUCCCCCGCUACUCCAUGGCCUCCUCCCCCCAAACCUACCAGGUGCAGUCCAACCCUGGGGCCUUCAUCAAUCCCCAGUACAUAAUGCAACCACCCAUGGCCCAUUACGCAGCUUUAACUAAUCCGGGAUACACACAAGUUCCUUAUCAGGGGGCAACCAUUUUACAAACUGUUCCAUAG